AUGUGCAUAAUAUUAACGUGCUAUGCUGUACCUUCAAGUGCAAGAUGUAAACUAAAGCAGUAUUCACACAAAGCUGUACAAAUGGACCUAAAUGGUCUACGGUGUUGGGAUGAAGUCAAAAUCUUGUCGUGUUGGGGUUACUGCCUGUCUUAUGAAAUAUCGCAUUGGCAAUUCCCGUAUAAAGAAUCCCAUCACCCCGUCUGCGUCCACGGUGAAAGGAAACACGCAUCUGCUAAAUUACGUCAUUGCGAUCCAGGAGUAGAACCGGGAACUGAAAUUUAUCAUUACGUUGAAGCUGCUAGUUGUAAAUGCCAGAUAUGUUCUUCGGAAGAUACCAGUUGUGAAUGGCUACCCCCGGAUUCCACAAUUAUAGACGGUUUGGUGAGGGAACAGUUAUUGGAGGAUAUGGAAUAG